GGAGUAAUGUUGUCCCGCGCAAAACACUUUUUAACUAUGUUACGCGUGUAUAAGACAGAGACAACACAUGCGGGUAUCACGUCCUCUUAACCUAACAAUUUAAAAAUUGUCAACUUCUUUAUCUAACUUACAUGUGGUUCUUGCCUCUUGGCGAUUUCCCGACACAUGAUGAUAGUCUGGUAGUCUUGCUGUAAAUAGUAAAUACUGUAAAUGCUACCUACAUAAAUACUUAUUAAUUCGUGAGUAAUAAUAUGUUAACUGAUGUUUUAACUUAAUUUAAUCUCAAGUCAUUCUAAGAUUAAAAAAUAUCUGACUGAAUUCUCAGUUUAUUCAUGUUCAUUCAGUUUCGAUUUUUUUGUAUUGAAAUAGAAACAUUCUCUUGAUAUGCUCAAAUACUGAAACACUUCCGAAGUGAAUAUGUCUUAUUCUACUUUAAAAAAAGCACUACAGUUAUUCGAAGAACAAUCACCUUCUAAUCAAAAAUCAACACAAAAAAAAAUUGCCAAUAAAUCUUCUAGUCGCAUAAAUAAGUCUAAAAGUAAAUCACAGCGAACUAAGAGUGUAUUUAAAGUACCAAAUUUUAUGAAAUCUGAUGCUGGAAAAUCUGUACUUAAAAUAAAAGAACAAAUUAAAAAUGAAAAAGAAUUGAAUUUGGUGCAGUUAAAUUUAGAAAGAUUACACAAAUUAGAUAAGACUAGUUGUGUAAAUAACAUUGCAUCUAACUUGAUCAAGCAGCGUUUUGCUGAUUUUUCAUCUGAAGUAUCGAAUUCUAAAAAAGAAGAAAGUACUGUAUUUACCGAUGAAGAUUUUGAAAAAUUUGAGCGUGAAUAUUUUCAAAACUAAUGGAUGAUUACAUACUAGGAAAAGUUAUUAUAG